GCCCUGUAAUUAUCCAAGCACCCCGGCAUGCGCGUAACACAACUCCCGACAGGUCUCCUGCUCCUUCUCACAGCAUGCCUACAACAACCUCUCUCCUUCGCCUCCAGCCCGGGAUCCUUCCUUACCAGCCCACUCGUUAAAGAGAACCAAGUGCAGGAUGUACUGGAACACCAGCCAGCACAGGGCACCACCUGCAGACAGGACACCACACUUACAGGUCCGAUAGAGACUACUCUGUGCGACUACGAGACGGUCGAAAGCGUCAAUGAAGAGCUGUUCAACAAUCUCAGCGAGCUGGUCAAGACGCCCUUCUUCAAGUACUUCCGUGUAGACCUGUAUCGUGACUGUCCGUUCUGGGAAGAGCACGGUUUCUGUAUGAAUCGUGAAUGCGGGAUAACGACGGUGGACGAGAGCGAAAUCCCAGAAAAGUGGCGAGCAGCAGCCCUAAGCAAAGUCGAGCUGCCCUCAGACGAGCAGCGGCAAUCCCUCCCCGGCUGCUACUACCGCGACUCGGACUUCUGCUUCCUCGACGACCUCACCGAGGGCGACUACAUCGACCUCUCCGUCAACCCCGAGCGCUUCACGGGCUACAUCGGCCCGUCCGCGCACCGCAUCUGGUCGACGAUCUACGAGGAGAACUGCUUCGGCGUGUCCGACGCGCAGGAGGAGCUGGGCGGGGCCGCGCCCGAGGCGGGGCAGCAGUGUCUCGAGAAGCGGGUGUAUUACAAGAUCAUCUCCGGCCUGCACGCGUCCAUCUCGACGCACAUCUGCGCGGAGUACUUCAACCAGACGACGGGCGAGUGGGGCCCGAACCUGCCGUGCUUCAUCAACCGCGUCGCCGCGCACCCCGAGCGCCUCCAGUACAUCUACUUCAACACCGUCCUCCUCCUGCGCGCCGUCGCGCGCCUCGGGCCGUACCUCGCCGCGUACGACUACUGCUCGUCGGGCACGCACGCGGACGACGCGCGCACGCUCGCGGUCGUCGGCAGCGUCGUCGCGCUCGCGCGCGAGGCGGGCAGGUUCGACGAGCGCGUGCUGUUCCAAGGCGAGAACGCGGACGUGCUGAAGGAGGAGUUUAAGCAGCAUUUCAGGAACGUGUCGCGGAUUAUGGACUGUGUGGGGUGCGAUAAGUGCCGGCUGUGGGGGAAGGUGCAGACGACGGGCGUGGCGACCGCGCUGAAGAUCCUCUUCGAGCUCGACGAGAAGGCGCUGGAGUGCGUGUCCUCUCUCACUCCCAUUCCGACUUCCUCUGUUCCCGGUGCUGACAUUGCCCCGGGCAGCCCGCGCUCGAACUCGAACCUCCUGCAGCGCUCCGAGGUCGUCGCGCUGAUCAACACGCUGUACCGCUUCAGCGAGAGCCUGCACGCCGUCGGGCGCUUCCGCGAGAUGUGGGCCGCCGCGGACGCGGAGGCGUCGAGCCGCAUCCUCAAGGAGGCCGAGACGCCCGACACGGCGCGGAAUCCGAAGGUCUCGCCGAUCGCGGGCGCGCGCCCGCCGGCGGAGCACGUGUACGUGCGCCUGCGCGCGUGGAUGAGCGCGUGCAAGCAGGGGACGGUCGGGUGCGUGAGCGCGCUCGUCGAGGGCGUGCGGUGGGCGUGGACGCUCGUGAGCUCGGCGUUUAGCAUUAGCGCGAAGGAGAGCGGGCCGGGGAGAGUUGAGUUUUAGGAGACGGUGAGAGUGAGAGUGGAGGCUUUGGAGUAUUUAUUUGUUUCUCAUAUUUUCAGUGGGACGGUAGUGUACAUGGAUAGGAGUAAUAGAGGAGCUCGACGGGCUGAUGCCCUUGAGUUUUGGUAGCAGUGGUACAUACACACGAGACAACCUGAAUGCUGGGAGCACCCA